AUGCAGAUGCAACUCCGUCGAACAUUGGCGCGGCUGGCAAGGUCAAUCAUCGAUCGCCCACUCGCCGAGUGGACAACAGGCCACAUUACGAGUCGACGAACUUUACUCGAUGGCUACUGGAACGACUUCAUGAACAAUCACGUGCAGCUCGUCGAGAUUCCAGAGAUUCAGCAAGAUGCAUAUUUUCAAGAGGACGUAUAUGCUGAAGUCGAAACAUUAGUCCUCGACGCACAGGCGAGACUUAUUGAUGCCGAGGCCCAACAUCCCUCGGAGCGCGCAGAUGAUGCUCGUUCAGGAUCCUCUGCUUACGCCCUACGCGGACCGGCGCGCCUCCCUCGGAUUGAAUUGAAAGAGUUCGACGGGACUCCUCGAGAGUGGGAGUCGUUCCGAGACUUAUUCCGAUCCCUAGUGCAUAAUGAUCCUGGGCUAACGGAUGUGGAGCGACUGCACUACCUAAAAACAAGCAUCAAGGGAGAUGAUGCCGCAGCCAUUCAGGGCUUCGAAGUCACAGCGCAAAACUAUGAAUCAGCGUGGAAGGCCUUUUUAUCCAGAUAUGACAAUCAUCGACUCCUCGUGCGCAAUCACAUUGAAGCAUUGCUCGCCUUAAAAUCUAUGAAGACAGAGUCAGCAACGGAGACACAGCGCAUACUCGACGAGCUCAAUCGACACCGAGCGCCAUUGCAAUCUCUCGGCCGACAAGUCGACCAGUGGGACGACUGGUUCGUCGUACUCGGCAGCAGGGCGAUGGACUCCGCUACAAGGCUAGCUUGGGAGGAAGAUGUGAACUCACGAGACACCGAGGGUACAAAGGCACAUCCAACAUUUCAGCAACUCCAGGACUUCCUCUUGCGGAGGAGCAUGACACUCAAGGCCUCCGGUAUGGAUCGUGCCUCAAACCCAACGGACUACCGAAGACCCACAGAGGCGCCUCGACACCCCCCUCGAAACGUCCGUAGUAUGGCCACCACCGCUGAAGUAAAAUGCCCGGCGUGUCAAGGACGACAUUACCUGGGAAAAUGUGAAACUUUUCUGCGGAUGAACGUGAGUUCUAGGCGAACACUGAUAGCGAAAGAAGCUCUCUGUUUGAACUGUCUGCGCAGCCAACAUCGAGCGAAGGACUGUGCAUCGCCCUUCUCUUGCCGAUCGUGCGAAGGACGGCAUCACACGCUCAUUCACGAGGAGCCCAUGCGUCGACCGGAGACGGGAGCCGGUUUUAAGCGAGCUCGAUUGACAGCAGCAGCAACAGCGGCGACACCUUCAGAGCCUGACGAAUACGGCUGGGAAUCAACCCACCAGGACGAGUCAUCCUGA